GGCUCGGCACGGCUCGGCUCGGCUCGGCACGGCGGGGUUCGACAGGGCUCGGCAAGGCAGCGCGGUCCCCGGAGCCGCAGGGCUCGCUCACCCUCUCUGAUUCUUGGAUAGAGCUGGGAUUAAUUUGAGCUCUCUUGCUUGAAGGCGAUGUUCCGUUUAAAAUUCCCAGUCCCGAAGGCGUGUUGGGGUUUGGUUGUAGGGAUGGCGCCCGCGGGGACCGAGGCCGCCCCGGCCCGCCGGUGAGGUGCCCCCCACCAGCCCCCCCGAGCCCCGAGCCCCGAGCACGAUGAGCAAACUGACCUUCCACAACAACAGAGUCAUGCAGGACCGACGCAGCGUUUGCAUCUUCCUCCCCAACGACGACUCCCUCAACAUCAUCAUCAACGUGAAGAUUUUGUGCCACGAGUUACUGGUGCAGGUGUGUGACCUCCUGAGGCUGAAGGACUGUCACCUCUUCGGGCUCAGCGUCAUCCAGAACAAUGAGCACGUGUACAUGGACAUGGCCCAGAAACUCUACAAGUACUGCCCCAAGGAGUGGAAGAAGGAGGCCAGCAAGGGGAUCGACCAGUUUGGCCCCCCGAUGAUCAUCCACUUCCGAGUGCAGUACUAUGUGGAGAACGGGAGGCUGAUCAGUGACCGGACUGCACGUUACUACUACUACUGGCACCUGCGGAAGCAGGUGCUGCAUUCCCAGUGUGUCCUGCGGGAAGAGGCCUAUUUCCUCCUCACUGCCUUCGCCCUCCAAGCCGACCUGGGAGACUUCAAGCGCAACAAGCACUACGGGAAGUACUUUGAGCCCGAAGCCUAUUUCCCCGCCUGGGUGGUUGCAAAGAGGGGCAAGGACUACAUCCUGAAGCACGUCCCCAACAUGCACAAAGACCAGUUUGCCCUGACGGCCUCUGAAGCCCAUCUCAAGUACAUCAAGGAGGCCGUCCGGCUCGACGACGUGCCCGUGCACUACUACAGGUUGUACAAGGUGAGCCCCACCCAGGAGGCAGAGCAUCUCCUGGGCUCUGAUUUGGGCGUGGGGCGCAGUUGCCCAGACCUCAAGCGGGUUGAUUACAACCCGUAGGUUAACCAUGGGCUGCAGCAGGACUGGGGGGAGAAACGGAGUGUUUUCCCUCUUCAGGGCUGAUCUCUCCCUUCUCCCACACAGGGCAAGAAGUUUGAGAUCCUGCCUGACGGGCUGCCCUCUGCCAGGAAGCUCAUUUACUACACGGGGUGCCCGCUGCGCUCCCGGCACCUGCUGCAGCUGCUGAGCAGCAGCCACCGGCUCUACAUGAACCUGCAGCCCGUCCUGCGCCAGGUCCGGCGCCUGGAGGAGAACGAGGAGAAGAAGCAAUACCGGGAAUCCUACAUCAGCGACACCCUGGACCUGGACAUGGAGCAGCUGGAGAAGCGCUCGCGCGCCAGCGGCAGCAGCGCCGGCAGCAUCCGGCACAAGCGGCUCUCCCGGCAUUCCACCGCCAGCCACAGCAGCUCCCACACCUCCGGCAUCGAGGCCGACCCCAAACCCAGGGAGAUGGGGCCCGACGACGGCUUCUCCGGCGCCGGCGCCCACCGCAAGCUGAAGACCUGCAGCUCCAUGACCAGCCACGGCAGCUCCCACACCUCCGGCGUGGAGAGUGGCGGGAAGGACCGGCUGGAGGAGGACUCCCAGGAUGAUGAAAUCGAGAUGCUGGUGGAUGACCCCCGGGAGCUGGAGCAGGCUGGAGACAUGGAGGUGAGCCCCGACAUGUGCGUCUACAUCACGGAGGACAUGCUGCUGUCCCGCAAGUUCAACGGGCACUCGGGGCUUAUCGUGAAGGAGAUCAGCUCCUCCACCUCCAGCUCCUCGGAGACGGUGGUGAAGCUGCGGGGGCAGAGCACCGACUCCCUGCCCCAGACGUCGUGCAGGAAAUCGAAGACGUCGACGGACCGGCACAGCCUGAGCCUGGACGACAUCCGGCUCUACCAGAAGGACUUCCUCCAGCUGGCCAACCUGUGCCAGGACACGGCGCAGAGCUACACCUUCGGCUGUGCCCACGGGCUGGACGAGGACGGGCUCUACUGCAACGGCUGCCUGGCCCAGCAGUGCAUCAACAUCCAGGAGACCUUCCCCGUCAAAAGAACCAGCAAAUACUUCUCCUUGGACCUCACCCACGACGAAGUCCCCGAGUUCGUGGUCUGAGCGCCUCGGAGGGAGGGGGCAGGACCGGCUGCCCGCCCUCGGGGGUGGGGGAGGAUGGGGCUCCCUGCCCUGCAUGGGGGGUGUCCACAGCACCUUCCCCCCACCCUGCCCCGCUCCCUGUUCCCGUGGGAACCGCGGCACCAGGAGGAUUGUCCCGAUGGGGAUCCCCAGGCACGGCGGAUCGACUCCGGAUGAGUUUGUGCCAAACACAAGUUGUCUUAUUUCGACUGGGAGAAGCACAGCUCGCCUGACCAGCAGAAGCCCACCCGUGUUUUCUCGUUGUGGCCUCUUCCCCUCCUUGCCCCCCCGCCCCGUCCGGCGGCGGCUCCGCGUUGGCAGCUGGAGAGAAAGUGCCAGACUGUUGAGUUCAAGUCAAGCCAAAGAAAUGUAAAUAACCCUAAAGGCCAGUAUGGGAAGGGAGAAUUAAGCAAUAAUGAUGUUCCGUGGAGGAAGGCACGGCUGGGGCAGAGCAUCAUCCCGGUUCUUCCAAAAACACGUGCUGGGGGUCAGGCCAGAGCGGUUCCCAGCGAGGUGGAUGGUGGCUGGGAGUUGGCAGAGCCAUUUGCAACUUGUUUUAAUCUUUUUCUUUAAAAAAAUUUUUUUUUUUUGAGAGCAAAACCCCAAAACCAAAAAAAAAAAAAAA